GUUAUAGAGAGAAGAGUUCGUUGGAAUUGUAUAUCUCUCUGUAACGACAAACGAACUUAAAAUAUUUUCUAUGAAGGUGAAACGAUGAGCAUGUUCUGAUGUAAAGGAUCAGUUCAGAAGCAAAAGAGUACUAAACUGAGAAUACACGGACGUGUCUUUAGAAGUACAUAGCAUUAUGCAGUCCUCACAGAUGCUCACCUUGAUCCCGUUCUUGCUGGGGCUCAGAGUAAAUGUCCCACCUUUCAACAGAAAUCUGGAAUACAGUUACAAUGUAAGGAAAACUAUUACGGUAUUUAGGGAUCCUCUCCAAACUACAAUAUAUACUGCAUCAGUAACAUGUCAGAUCGAAAAAUCAGAGGAAGGUGAAAAUGAUGAAGGUGAAGAUGAUUCUCUUCUUUGUCUUUUGCAUGAUAUCAAUAUUCUCUCAACUUUGACAUUUCAAACUCUCAACACUACAAACGAGGUCACAAAUGAGGAAUACAACACCAAUGAUGAUUGGUUUAUAAUUAAGUUUAAUAGUAUUGGCCUAGAGAAAUUAUUUGUGAAUUCAACCACUGAAAAAAAAGAUUUGAUUAAAGAGAUCGCUUUUCAAUUUCACAUUGGUGGUGAAAUAAUCCCUAAGUUCACUUCAAAUGAAAAGUUAGCAGUAGGCCAUUGCAUGACGUUAUUCAAUAUAAAUUCGACAACUCAUGAAUUUAGAGAAGAAGAAACAGAUAAAAUUUUGGAAAAUCAAAUUAUAUUAUUAAGCCAUAAAGCCUCUUACGAAAAAACCCCAGUAUACGAAGGUUAUGAAAGACAUGUACAUUUAUUUAUUGAGAAGAUCAGAAAGGAUUGCAAGUAUUCCUUGCCAUUUUUUGAUUUUUUGAAUGGAAUGCAAGUGAAAAAAUAUAUUCAUACAAUGGAAAUACUCGAUGAUGAAUUAAAUAUUUCCACCACAAUGGAAGUACAAUUACCACCUGAUCCAUGGAAUCCUAAAGGGACACCUGUAUUUAGGGAAACAACGCAUCUUGGCCUAGCUAACAUUACAUCUAAAACUAAAGUUUUUGAUCCUCUUACUAGAGAAAAAUACAAGUGGAUUAAUUUAAUGGAGUGAUUUACUCUAAUCAAAUAUAUCAAACUUUGAAAACACACACACACA